ACAAAUUACCCGGCAUAAAAUCGCUACCAUAUUAAAAUAACCAGGCCUCGUAAGGAGUAGUUGGAAUGCACGCGCACCAUCUCGCCAGCAGUUGUUUGAGCACCAUCGGGGAAGCCUAAAAUAUAGAGAAUAGCUUCCAGGUACAUGAGAUGUAGGUAGUGUUGGAAAGUCUGGUUGAAGUUUUGAACAAAUUGGGCGCCGUUGUCAAAGUUUUGGGUAUAUUUAAUGCUCGAGCAUGUUUGUCAACCAAUCAUGCAAUGAAUUUUGAAGUCAACACGCUCUGUUCGUGGAAUUUGGGGCUCUGCAAGAAGUUGAACGCUCUACGAAACUACCCAGAAGGAACUAUAAACUAACAGUGCCAAAAAUGAAAAUGGCAGACACGUUUUGCACUAAUAAUUAUAAUAUUCACAAUUGCCCUAACUGUCGAGAACAGCGCUGCUGGACAUUUUACUCUCCGCGUUUGCAGCCUAUUUCUGACCGUGUUGCAACUUGCUCGAUUUUAUUGGUCAAUUGCUGGAAAAUUAUUGGAAUCUUCCAAAAGGAAAACCUUUUAGUUUGUGCUGGCAGGGGGCCACAGAUUCGAAAUGAAUUAUACCCAUAUGAUCCAACUAUACUUUUAAAUGGUUCGCAGGAGUUAACACUAGAUCAAUCGAAUCAAUACAUAACGAAAAGGUACUACAUCAUUCGUUUAGGAUACCCAAUUGGUAACUGGAGUGAUUGGGGCAGAGGGUCGGAUCUGUGUGGGAUUCCGUAAGAUCAAACUGGUCUCUGAAUCUUGUGAUAAGAUAACUGGGUUCACAACAUAAUUGUUUUCGGAGUGGUCUCGUAAAGAUCUGAAAUUGGACUCGCAAUCAUGACUGAGACGAUGCCCAUCAUCGAUAAAGCGUUUAGUCUCCCCACAUAUUGGAAGGAUGCCAAAUGUCGGAUUCGAAAGCGUACUCUCAGUACCAUAGCCUCUACAGUUGAGAUGUUGACGGGGUCUCCUAAAGUAUCACAGCAUGAUUAUUAUGGUGAGUUUCCCAGAGUUUUGGUUGGGCCAGUCAUAGGGAAAGUCACUACAUCUAGCGUUAGGGUCCUGUUAGAGAUUGAUAAGGAGGACGAUGUGAUUGUCAGGUUGUUUCAAGAUGCAGAGAGUAGUACUACUGGUCGGGAUGCCCCUUCCAACUCUUUUUUAAAAAGGCUUGGCAGUUCCCUCAAUUAUUCACGGAAAAAGUUUGAGGAACAGAAGCUGGAAGACAGUGCUCCUUUCGAGCUUAAAAAGCAUCUGAAGGACAGAAGCCCAACUGUGUUUGCAUUUAAAAAUUUGGAGCCAGGGACUCGUUAUAUUGUUGAAGUUCGAUACCACGAUAGGCUGAUUCAGGGUGCAGUUCCCAGCAGCUUCAGGACUUUUCCAAAGAAUCCUGCUGAGGUUCUGAAUAUUGGGGCAAUAAGUUGCAACAAGAUCUUUGUCACCAAGAAGUGCAUUUCCUCUCAUUCUGAUUUGUGGGCUCAUCUUGCCAAGAGUAUCGAGGCCAGAAAGAUAGAUCUGCUUGUGCAUUUGGGUGAUCAGAUAUAUGGUGAUGGGGAUAAAAGAUGUGAUCUGGAAGCAGGGCAUGAUUGUGACAAGUGGUCAAAUCGAUUUCGCAGAGCUAAGGAGAAGCUUGUAAAUAUGGGGCCAGAUGAAUGGGAGCAUUACAAGGAUUACAUAUGUGAGAGUUACCGUGAGGUAUACAGGGAAACUUGGCAACAUCCUCCUACAGCUAAAUGUCUGGCAAAUUGUUCAAAUCUGAUGAUUUAUGAUGACCACGAGAUCAGGGAUAAUUGGGGAGAUAGUAAAGAUGACUGGAAGAAAGACAGCCCUGAUUUCUUUAUAGCUCAUUGUGCUUGGAUUGUAAGCCUGGAGUACCAACGGCAACUGUACACAGAUAUAAAUUUAACCAAUUUGCAAGCAAUCAAGAAGGAUUAUCAUUUCCACACUGUUGGCAAUGUAGGAUUGAUGUUCCUGGAUAUUCGUGGUUCUCGUACUUUUCAUCGUGUUGAGGAUGAUGUGAAUCCAUACUUGGGUUCUAGACAGUGGGAAGAUAUUGAGAAAUCGUUAGGUAAUGGAGGUAUUUUUGAUGAAUUGAAGAUGUUGCUAGUUUGCUCUCCAGCACCUCUUGUUUUCCUUCAACACACAAUUACUAGCACAGCAGCAAAUGUAAACCAGCUAGAAGAUUUCAAAGGACACUGGUCUGUACACCCACAUGAGCAGCAGCGCAUGAUUGAUUGCUUAUCCCAAUGGAAGAAUUCCAAGGAAGACAGGGAGAUACUCAUUCUAGGAGGUGAUGUGCACUGUGGUGGGCAUUCAAUUGGUUGCAAAGGAAAUGAUAUUGCAUUUUACCAAUUGACAACUAGUGCCAUAGCAAAUAGGCCACUCCCAAAGGCAGUCUACUAUACUUUGCGCCUCGCAGAGCAAUUGGGAAACUUGGGAGCAAUGUACACAUUCAAACAUCAUGAUUGGACAAGGGCUCGAAACUAUGGCAUUGUGCAGAUCAAGAACCAUAGAAUCCAGGACAAAGGAGGACCAGAUUUUACAAUGCAGCUUAUCAGAGCAAAAUAUGUUAGUGGCAUAAAAUUUGGAGUGAAAAGAAGCAAUCGUGAUGAAAGGAAGCAAAAGCUUGGGCAUAAGCUGUUUUCCACCAGUGGUCUUGCUUCCUUAAUUUGUUCUUUAAAAGGUUGCAGAUAGUACAGAGUUACCAGUUAAAACUGGUUUCCCUCUUCUGUAUAUUUCAGCUCCAUUCUUUGGUGCAAGAAUUCCAUAUUCUUUGGUGCAAAAAAUUCCACAUAAGGAAGUUUUUUCCUCUCAACAGUGGAAUGAAAAUGCAAAUGCAUGGUUGCAAUUGUGCCAGCUUGGCUAUAAAGUAAUUGAAAGGCCAUAUUGAGAAUGGAAUACUAGUCUUUUGAAGCGGGAAAUAUGCAUUUGCUCAGUUUCAUGAAAAUUUUUAGGUGAUGAAAUGGCCAUUCCGCUAUCUGUAAUUUAUCUAAGGGCUUGUUGAAGAAAUGAAUGCAUUGCAAGGCUGGUCACUCUUACACCCAAGGCUGUAAUAAUUUUUCAUUUCUGCAAUUCUUUUAUUCUAUUCUUUUCAGGGAUAAUCUUGGGCUUCUGGGUUCUAUAAAACACAAGUCUAUGGACAUGCUGGAGCAUAUUCAGUAUUAUCUCUAAUAAGUGAUUUUAUAUUGUGUACAUUUGGCAAUCAAUAUUUACAAAUCACAAGCACAACCAAAUUUGCCACCAGGGCUACAUUUGCUUGAUGCAAACAUCCUUGUACCCAAUUGUAUAUGAGAUGCCAUAUAUAUAUGUGGCACAAACUAUGGAAUGUAUGGUUACUAGUCAUCAACAUCGUGCGAGGCCACAUGUGAGACAAGAAGUCGUAACCAUUGAUUAAUUAUGGAGCAUAAUCUGUGAUGUUCUUUUCAUCUUGGUCUAUACGAGUUCUUCCAUAUAGACUAGAAUGGGCGAUUAAUAGAUUGGUAUAUUUUUGUGA